AUGGCCCCCUCUGGAAAGCGCAUCGUCUUCACCGGUGGCUCAGGAAAAGCCGGACGCCAUGUUAUCCCGGAACUCAUCAAGAAGGGGCAUUCCGUCCUCAACUGUGAUCUAACCGAUUUUCCUGACCCGGACGCUGGUGUUUUUACUCUCAAGACUGACCUUACGGACAGCGGCCAAGUCUUCAAUGCGCUCACAACUCAUUUCAACUUUGCCGGCUAUGAAGGCCCUCAUGUACCUGGCCCACCUGACGCAGUCAUUCACUUUGCUGCCUAUGCACGAAACAUGCUGGUACCUGACAAUGAGUGCUAUGCUGGCAACGUCAGGUCAACAUACAACGUCAUCGAAGCAGCAUGCAAACUCGGUGUCAAGAAGAUUAUCAUCGCCAGCAGUGAGACAACAUACGAAGUUUGCUUUGGCCAAGGAGAUCUCGACUAUACCGCCUUCCCCCUAACUGAAGAUAUGGACGUAAAUCCCAUGGACACAUAUGCCAUCUCAAAACUCUGUGGUGAGCGCGUGGCUCGCGGGUUUGCACGCCGCUUCGACGCCGACAUCUAUGCGCUCCGCAUCGGCAACGUCAUUGAGCCUCACGAGUAUGAGCGUGACUUUCCAAAGUACAUCAAGUCCCCGGAGGUUCGUAAGAGGAACGCCUGGGCGUACAUUGAUGCUCGUGAUUUGGGCCAGAUAUGCGACUUGUGUGUAUCGAAAGACGGGUUAGGCUUCCAGGUCUUCAACGCGACAAAUGACACCAUCACCGCUACGUUCCCAACAAAACAGUUCCUGGAGCAGUACGCCCCGAAUACGCCCAUUACACGGGAGAUGGACGAGUGGGAGGCGCCACUGAGUAACCGCAAGAUCAGAGAUGUUCUCGGAUUCAAGGAGGAACAUAAUUGGCGGAAGUACUACAACCCUGAUCAAUAG